AUGGACCUACUCAAGGUCAAGGCCAUGUUUGAGCAUCCCGUCACAGGCUUGUCGAAAUGCAGCCUUGAGCGUAUUAUCAGUGACAUUAGACACCUGCCAAUCACUGUAUUCCUUAACAGCUUCAUCCCUGCGCCUAGAGAUAUUGAGCGGGCUCAGACCCCUCGGAUCAGCAGCCGUUUUGGUAGCAGUAAUGUCUAA